GACUUGCGAUGUUUCCAGGGCCUCCUCUGCGUCCUGCGGCUCAGCGGGCACGACCUCAGCCUGCGAAGCCAAGUUCAGCUGAAUCGGCUUGACCGGCCCUGCGGAGACCUCCCUGGGCGAGAUAUCGAUGCCAGGCGCACGGCCCUCUCCGCGCUCGGAGCCGGUGAUGGCACGCAGGCAGAGUUCGAGCUUGGAACUGCGCUUCCACUGGGACA